UAUGGUUUAACUCAUAAACCCUAGUUUUGUUUGUUUCUCGGAAUCCUUUCGAUUGGUCUUCUAAAUGUAUUCAUUGAUACUCCAUAGAAGAAGGUCUUUGGAGUUGCAGAAAUGUAUUCCUCAUCUGAGAGUUGCAGCAAAGCAAAUCUUGUUCUCUGCUUUCUCCAAUAAUCCCUUCUCCUCCUCCGCUACUUCUGCUCCUGAAGAUGGUCCGCGAAAAGAUCAGAACUUUACAGUCUCUUACCUCGUUGACUCAUUGGGUUUCACUACCAAACUCGCCGAAUCCAUCUCCAGGAAAGUCAGCUCCGAGAGAAAGGCCAAUCCUGAUUCUGUUCUGAGUCUUCUUAAAAGCCACGGUUUCACAGAUUCUCAGCUCUCAAGCAUCGUUACGAGCUACCCACAAGUGCUUAUAGCAGAUGCUGAGAGUUGUCUGGCUCCAAAGCUUCAGUUUUUAAAGUCAAGAGGAGCUUCAACCUCUGAGCUUACUGAGAUUCUCUCAAAAGUUCCUAAAAUCUUGGGAUUGAAAAAGGUUAAAGCUUUCAGCUUGUACUAUGAUUUCAUCAAAGAGGUUAUAGUAGCUGAUAAGAGUUCCAAGUUGGAAAAGUUAUCUCAAUCUUCUUUGCUAGAGAGUAGUAGGCAAGAGAACAAACUGAGAAACAUAUUGGUUUUGAGAGAUUUGGGUGUGCCUCAGAAGCUCUUAUUCUCAUUGCUCAUGUCUAACUUCCAGACUGUAUGUGGCAAAGAAAGGUUUCAAGAAACCCUCAACAAGGUUCUUGAGAUGGGUUUUGAUCCCACCACCUUUAAGUUUGUCCAAGCCCUCAACGCUGUUUACCAACUUAGCGACAAAACAACUCAAGACAAAGUCAGUUUCUUGUGUACAAGGUUAGGCUUUGCUGUGGAUCAAGUAUGGGCAAUGUUCAGGAAGAAUCCAAGCCUUCUAACACUCUCGGAGAAUAAUAUAUUGAAGUCCAUUGAAGCAUUUCUAAGCCUAGGAUUCACCAGAGAUGAGUUUGCCACGCUGGCCAAGGGCCAUCCUCAGUGUCUUAAUUACUCCCCAGGGAUGGUGAAGAAGAAGACUGAGUUUCUGGUGAAGGAGAUGAGUUGGUCACUAAAGGCUUUAGUUUCGAACCCUUCAGUACUUGGAUUAAGCAUGGAGAAGAGGAUUGUGCCAAGGUGUAAAGUAAUCAAAGCUCUCAUGUCCGAAGGAUUGCUUGGAACUGAACUCCCUUCAAUUGGGUCUGUUUUGGUGUGUACCAAUGAGAUGUUUUUAAACAAGUAUGUGAUGAAGCAUGAUGAUGAUGUUGAUGAUAAGAAGCUUGUGGCUAAGUUAAUGGCUAUCUUCACCGGAGAUCUUGUUUCCUAGAUCAGAAGAACUGUCAGCUUGUGAGCUUAUGGUACAUUUUCCUCCAAUCCAUGUUGUUGUUAAACCCUGGAAUGAAGCUAAAAAGCCUAAAACAGAUGAUUGAAGAGAAAGGUGUUUCUCUGUUCUGACUUAUCUAGGUUUCUUGAGGAAGUUCAAGGAUAUGAUCCUAGUAACAGUUUCAGAGUUCAGUUGGAAUUUGCCUUUACAGUCAAGAGAGAGUGACUUCUUUACAUAGGGCCGACCCUGAAGCUUUCAUUUUCAUUUUCGCCUGUGUUGGUGGUUACUGAUGAAGCUUUCUUAAAUAAGUAUGUGAAGAAGCAUAAUGACAAAGAGGUUGUAGCCGGUUUGAUGGCUAUCUUCACCGGGGAUCGUGCCUCAUAGAUCUUCAUAAGGCUUGUCAAAUACUUUGCUUUUAUUUAUGACUCUGUACAUCUCUUUUCCGAGAUACUAGGACAUCCAACAAUCUCGGCAACGAUAGCUGAGUAUAUAUUUGUAUAAAAACUCACUUGACUGAAGCAUUAAGAUUUAAG